UGCGUGUGCGCGCGGGAGGGUUGAGGAAGAACUGCGAAGAAGGAUUAUUGGCCCAGGAGUGUGAAUAUUAUAGAGGUAAGUGAGGUAGCAUGACUCCAAGCGGCAGUGUGGCCUGAGGGAGUGUCCUGUGUGGCGUGGGAAGGAGUACGCUGUAGAAAAUUCCCUGCUGGACUGUAUUGCGUCAUUGUUUGAUUAUAAGGUGAAUUGAGUGUGAAUGUCACGAGGAUGGCGGGGUCACCGGCGAGGGCGGCGCUGGUGGUGGCAUUUCUUCUCGGCGUGACCCAGCCUGCCCGGGGUGAAGACGCCGAGUGUUGGGCAACGGUGAGGCAGGAGCAGCCGCGCCCGCCGCCUUCCAACAAGGAUCUUGCCAGCAUGGGGCUCUUCGUGGCCAAGUUUGUCAAAUUGAUUGAAGUCACGGAGGUUUAUCUGUGCAUCUAUGAAGGGACAGAAAUUGACAACAAUGCCACAGAACACAUAAUUUCGGCUGCUCUAGCUCGCCACACUGUGUUCUUCAUGCCAUGUGACAAGGCCAAGAUGGCGGAGGCUAUCAGUGCCAUCACACAAGGCACCACAACUGACACUGGCACGCCCUCCGCUCUCCAGCAGCCCGCUGCCCUGCACCUCCUCUCCCGUGCCACCUUGGAGCCAAUGCUGAAUGAGCUGCGGGAGGCCUCUAUGGGCUGGGGCACACUGAUUGGUUUGCACAUCAUCCUAGGUGCUGAUCUUCCCAACUGUGAGGUGUUUAUGCCCAAGACUUCCUGCCACUGGUACCAAGGCUCCUACAACAUGGAGAGAAGGGAGGUGAUGAUGGAUCAGAUGUUCCUGUUUGGGGACGGCCGGGAGGCUUUGAGAGUGCCAGUGGUCUCCUGGGACAGCACUAAACGUGACCUUGUCAUUCUGCACCAGCCUGGUCUUGGCCCUCAGGACUUCAAAGGGCAUGUGCUCAAUAUUAUUACCAUCACUGACAGUCCUCAGGUGAUGGAGAUGCGUCUGUGUGAUUCCAAGAACACUUCCCUCCCAUCUGCCUCCUCCUCCUUCAUGGACAGGCAUUCUUGUACACGAUUUGGCCUCAAUGUGGUGGGUUUGGGGAAGGAUGUGGUGUACUCUGGCUAUCUGGUGGAGGUCAUCCUUACUAUCGCUGCCACUCUCAACUUCAAGAUCCAGCUUUCCGCCUUGCCACCCGGGAAAGAUGAGUUUGGAGCGGAGAUGGAUGAUGGUAACUACUCUGGUCUUAUUGGUGCCAUACAGAGCCAAAGAGCUGACAUCGCCCUUGCCAGCUUCACCAUUACCAAUGAAAGACUAAGAGUGGUGGACUUCUCAGGAUCUGUAGGCUACACUGGCUCAAAUCUAUAUGCUCAGAGGAACUCCUCACUGGAGGCAAUUGGCUGGGACACUUUUGUGCUGUCCUUCCACUGGGCAUGGCUGGCCAUCCUCAUGCUCCUUGGGAUCAUGAGUACUGGCCUGUGGAUCAUCGUACGCCAUCAGACCAAUGAGGAUGACCACUUCACUAAAGGCAGCAACAUUGUCUUCAUACUCUUCUCAUGUCUUGUCCAGCAAGGUUCUUGGAUCCUGCCAACAACAGGCCGGGUGCAAGCAGUGCUGUGGUUGUUCUGGGUAGCUUCUGUGGUGCUCUAUGCAUCUUACACAGCUAUCCUCACCUCUUUUCUCACUGUAUCAACUGUGACUCCUCCCUUCACUUCUCUGGAGGAGGCUGUUGAUGUGCCUGGCUGGAAGAUUGGCUUGCUGAGAGGAACAGCAGUACCCAAGAUAUUUCAGCGAUCCAAGAAGCUGAGUUACCAAAAAGUAUAUGAGAGGCUACAGAGUGACCCUAGCCUGUACUGCGAAUCACGAAAGGAAGGAAUGGACCGCAUGAUCACAGACAACAAGUUUGCCUUCUUUGGUGACAGGAGAGCCAUGUCCUACCUAAUACGUAACAACUGUUCCAUCAAGGAGAUGACUGGUAGCUACAUCAAGAGUUAUGUUCACCUUGGAUUCAGGAAACUGUUGCCCUAUGCUAACAUCAUUAACCAAGAACUGCUGAAGCUUGAAGCUGGUGGCGUGAUGGACAGGAUCUAUCAGCAGUGGUGGGGGAAGCAGGUGCCAUGUGAAGCUCCCUCGCCCUACACACAGCUCGACUUCACCAACAUCUUGACGGCCUUUCUGCUGCUCUUAGCCGGCAUGGUGACGUCCUGUGUCAUUUUUGCUCUGGAGCUACUGUACACGUCUCAAAGAACAGAUCACAUCCCACCACAAGUCAUGCAUGACAACAUGGAAUUCAUGAUUCCCUCUCGUCCUAUGAAAGAAAUGGCAAUGGACAACAGGAUAUUCUUUGUCAGAACUCAGGGAAAGAACAGGAAACCUUGGAGGAUGACAGGCAGUGAGAGAAGAAGGUUAUGAGAGCUAUCAAAGACUUGGUGAAGGGAACCUGUCGUGAAGUAAGAGCUAUCAAGGACUUAGUGAAGGAGACCUG